AUGACAUCACUUCCUGCACAGCGCCCUGUUCUCACUGAAGACAUGACAUCACUUCCUGCACAGCGCCCUGUUCUCACUGAAUACAUGACAUCACUUCCUGCACAGCGCCCUGUUCUCACUGAAGAUGUGACAUCACUUCCUGCACAGCGCCCUGUUCUCACUGUAGACAUGACAUCACUUCCUGCACAGCGCCCUGUUCUCACUGUAGACGUGACAUCACUUCCUGCACAGCGCCCUGUUCUCACUGAACACAUGACAUCACUUCCUGCACAGGGCCCUGUUCUCACUGAAGAUGUGACAUCACUUCCUGGACAGCGCCCUGUUCUCACUGUAGACGUGACAUCACUUCCUGCACAGGGCCCUGUUCUCACUGAAGACAUGACAUCACUUCCUGCACAGGGCCCUGUUCUCACUGAAGAUGUGACAUCACUUCCUGCACAGCGCCCUGUUCUCACUGAAGACAUGACAUCACUUCCUGCACAGCGCCCUGUUCUCACUGAAGACAUGACAUCACUUCCUGCACAGCGCCCUGUUCUCACUGAAGACAUGACAUCACUUCCUGCACAGCGCCCUGUUCUCACUGAAGACAUGACAUCACUUCCUGCACAGCGCCCUGUUCUCACUGAAGACAUGACAUCACUUCCUGCACAGCUCCCUGUUCUCACUGAAGAUGUGACAUCACUUCCUGCACAGCGCCCUGUUCUCACUGUAGACAUGACAUCACUUCCUGCACAGGGCCCUGUUCUCACUGAAGAUGUGACAUCACUUCCUGCACAGCGCCCUGUUCUCACUGUAGACAUGACAUCACUUCCUGCACAGCGCCCUGUUCUCACUGAAGAUGUGACAUCACUUCCUGCACAGCGCCCUGUUCUCACUGUAGACAUGACAUCACUUCCUGCACAGCGCCCUGUUCUCACUGAAGAUGUGACAUCACUUCCUGCACAGCGCCCUGUUCUCACUGUAGACAUGACAUCACUUCCUGCACAGCGCCCUGUUCUCACUGAAGAUGUGACAUCACUUCCUGCACAGCGCCCUGUUCUCACUGUAGACAUGACAUCACUUCCUGCACAGCGCCCUGUUCUCACUGAAGAUGUGACAUCACUUCCUGCACAGCGCCCUGUUCUCACUGUAGACGUGACAUCACUUCCUGCACAGCGCCCUGUUCUCACUGUAGACAUGACAUCACUUCCUGCACAGCGCCCUGUUCUCACUGAAGACGUGACAUCACUUCCUGCACAGCGCCCUGUUCUCACUGAAGACGUGACAUCACUUCCUGCACAGCGCCCUGUUCUCACUGUAGACGUGACAUCACUUCCUGCACAGUGCCCUGUUCUCACUGUAGACAUGACAUCACUUCCUGCACAGGGCCCUGUCCUCACUUUAGACGUGACAUCACUUCCUGCACAGCGCCCUGUUCUCUCUGUAGACGUGACAUCACUUCCUGCACAGCGCCCUGUUCUAACUGUAGACGUGACAUCACUUCCUGCACAGCGCCCUGUUCUCACUGUAGACGUGACAUCGCUUCCUGCACAGGGCCCUGUUCUCACUUUAGAUGUGACAUCACUUCCUGCACAGAGCCCUGUUCUCACUUUAGACGUGACAUCACUUCCUGCACAGCGCCCUGUUCUCACUGUAGACGUGACAUCACUUCCGGCACAGCGCCCUGUUCUCACUGUAGACGUGACAUCACUUCCUGCACAGCGCCCUGUUCUCACUGUAGACGUGACAUCACUUCCUGCACAGCGCCCUGUUCUCACUUUAGACGUGACAUCACUUCCUGCACAGCGCCCUGUUCUCACUUUAGACGUGACAUCACUUCCUGCACAGCGCCCUGUUCUCACUGUAGACGUGACAUCACUUCCUGCACAGGGCCCUGUUCUCACUGAAGACAUGACAUCACUUCCUGCACAGGGCCCUGUUCUCACUGAAGAUGUGACAUCACUUCCUGCACAGCGCCCUGUUCUCACUGAAGAAAUGACAUCACUUCCUGCACAGCGCCCUGUUCUCACUGAAGACAUGACAUCACUUCCUGCACAGCGCCCUGUUCUCACUGAAGACAUGACAUCACUUCCUGCACAGCGCCCUGUUCUCACUGAAUACAUGACAUCACUUCCUGCACAGCGCCCUGUUCUCACUGAAGAUGUGACAUCACUUCCUGCACAGCGCCCUGUUCUCACUGAAGACAUGACAUCACUUCCUGCACAGCGCCCUGUUCUCACUGAAGACAUGACAUCACUUCCUGCACAGCGCCCUGUUCUCACUGAAGAUGUGACAUCACUUCCUGCACAGCGCCCUGUUCUCACUGUAGACAUGACAUCACUUCCUGCACAGCGCCCUGUUCUCACUGAAGAUGUGACAUCACUUCCUGCACAGCGCCCUGUUCUCACUGAAGACAUGACAUCACUUCCUGCACAGCGCCCUGUUCUCACUGAAGACAUGACAUCACUUCCUGCACAGCGCCCUGUUCUCACUGAAUACAUGACAUCACUUCCUGCACAGCGCCCUGUUCUCACUGAAGAUGUGACAUCACUUCCUGCACAGCGCCCUGUUCUCACUGUAGACAUGACAUCACUUCCUGCACAGCGCCCUGUUCUCACUGUAGACGUGACAUCACUUCCUGCACAGCGCCCUGUUCUCACUGAAGACAUGACAUCACUUCCUGCACAGUGCCCUGUUCUCACUGUAGACAUGACAUCACUUCCUGCACAGGGCCCUGUCCUCACUUUAGACGUGACAUCACUUCCUGCACAGCGCCCUGUUCUCUCUGUAGACGUGACAUCACUUCCUGCACAGCGCCCUGUUCUCACUGUAGACGUGACAUCACUUCCUGCACAGCGCCCUGUUCUCACUGUAGACGUGACAUCACUUCCGGCACAGCGCCCUGUUCUCACUGUAGACGUGACAUCACUUCCUGCACAGCGCCCUGUUCUCACUGUAGACGUGACAUCACUUCCUGCACAGCGCCCUGUUCUCACUUUAGACGUGACAUCACUUCCUGCACAGCGCCCUGUUCUCACUUUAGACGUGAUAUCACUUUCCUGGCACAGCGCCCUGUUCUCACUGUAGACGUGACAUCACUUUCCUGCACACGGCCCUGUUCUCGACUGAAGACAUGACUCACUUCCUGCACAGGGCCCUGUUCUCACUGAAGAUGUGACAUCACUUCCUGCACAGCGCCCUGUUUCUCACUGAAGAAUGACAUCACCUUCCUGCACAGCGCCCUGUUCUCACUGAAGACAUGGACACACUGUCUGCAGGCCUGUUCUCACUGAAGAGAAUCACUUCCUGCACAGCGCCCGUUCUCACUGAAGAUGACAUCACUUCCUGACAGCGCCCUGUUCUCACUAAGACAUGACAAUCACUUCCUGCACAGCGCCCUGUUCUCAUAAGACAGUGACAACAAUUCCUGCACAGCGCCCGUCUCACUGAGACUGACAUCACUUCCUGCCAGGCCCUGUUUCUCACUGAAACAUCUCACUUCCUGCCCCAGGCCCUGUUCUCACUGAAGAUUGACAUCAUUCCUGCACACGCCCUGUUCUCACUGAAGAACUGA